AUGUAUAGCAAAUUCUCAAUCGUUCAAUUUACAACACUCAGCUAUAUUCAGCCAUCACAUCAGGACAGCAACUGCCUGUGUAUGGAUGUUUCUUCUUCAAACAAUUCAGCUAAAAAUCCACUCUCCAUUGGUCAUAAUCAUGUUGAACUGAUGCCAAAGAAGAGAGGAAGACCUAUUAAGAAUGAACCAAAAUCCAACACCCAAAUGGUAAUUACCUCAACAGAAAGUUUGUUAUGUCGGUCAAUGAGCAAUCGUCAAACAAAUGUUACAAAGAGACAACACAGAGACAGUACAUGUUGGGAGAGAAGAGUGAAACCAAAACCUGCAACAGUUACAUCUCCUUCAUCAUCAAUGGAUAUGCAUACAUGUAUUAGCAAUACUCCUUCAAUGCUCAAUAGCCAUACAUAUAAUUACUCACAACCAGCAACAAGUAUUCAUGUUGAAAGCGAGGAGUUGCCUGCUUCUCCACAUGGAACUGUGCAAAUCUCCAAGAAGAGAAUAAUAAGAAGUUCGAUAUCAAUUAAGGAAUUGCUUAAUUAA